GUUUUGGUUCGUGGUGGCGGUGGGGUUGAUGGGAUGGAGAGCGUCUGAAGCUCGCAGGGCGGGUAAUUCCUUAGAAUCUUUUGAUCAACCAGACUGCAUCAUUGAUUUGAAGCCUCUUCCUGACCCCGCCAAUGAACUCAUCUCGCAUAGUACAACGACUCCGACUCCAAGCUUCCCAUCUACAGCCUACACGAGGCAGCGAUAGGAACAAGGCUAUCACUACCACCACCAGCCAUCCAAAGCCUCACCAGAAGAUUAGCAACCAUGGCAGCUACCACCGACCCAAAGAAGUACAAGUUCAACCACUCCAUGAUCCGUGUCAAGGAUCCUCGGGAGUCGGUCAAGUUCUACGAACUCCUCGGCAUGAGCGUCAUUCAAAAGUUCGAAUUCCCCGAGGCCAAGUUCGACCUGUACUUUAUGGCAUACGACUCGCCUAAGGCCAAGUCGGGCGGCAACAACUUCACCGACCGUGAAGGAAUCAUCGAGCUCACGCACAACUACGGCACCGAGGCCGACGCUUCAUAUACGGUUAACAAUGGCAACAAGGAGCCUCAUCGUGGCUUCGGCCACACCUGCAUCAGUGUCGACAAUAUUCAGGCGGCGUGCAAGAGGAUCGAAGAUGCCGGUUACAUGUUCCAAAAGAAGCUUACUGACGGACGUAUGCGUCACAUUGCAUUUGUUCUGGACCCGGAUGGAUACUGGGUUGAGGUCAUCGGGCAGAAGUCGGUUGAGGAGACGGAGAACGUGACGACAACGGAUGUUCAGACCUACCGCAUGAACCACACCAUGAUCAGAGUCAAGGAUGCCGAAAAGUCUCUCAAGUUCUACCAAGACGUGCUCGGCAUGAAGCUUCUCAAGGAGAACGCCAACCCAGACAAUGGUUUCACGCUGUUUUUCCUUGGGUACGAGCAGUCUGGACCUCACAGCGCGGACCGUGAAGGCCUGCUCGAGUUGACGUGGAACCACGGCACAGAAAAGGAUGAAAACUUUAGCUACCACAAUGGCAACGAUCAGCCUCAGGGAUUUGGCCACAUCUGCAUAUCCGUCGACAACCUAGAUGCCGCCUGCCAGCGGCUCGAGGACCUCAAGGUCAACUGGAAGAAGCGUCUUACGGAUGGACGCAUGAAGAACGUUGCCUUUGUUCUGGAUCCCGACAACUACUGGGUUGAGAUUGUGGAGAACGAGCGACUAUCGGGCAAGUCGAACUUUUGAUGCAGUUUUAAAAUUGGAAUAGCAUGGCAAGGAGUUAAGGGGUAGAGGAUGUUUGGUGUAGUAUUCGACUUGAGCUCCGGAUAAGUUUUCUGCGGCAGAAACUUCCGCAGUAGCGGCCGAAUAGAUCUUGAAAGAACGAAGAAAAUUAAAUAAAUCAUGAGAGGUUCAGUUCGCGCCAACCAUAUACUCUGAUUGGUUUGAAAUAAAUAGUCUCGAUACACAUAAAAUGAAGAAAGUAAAAAGGG